AUGGUGGUCAGCAACGUCCCUCUACAGCGCGACCUCCGAGAUGAUUUGAAUGCUAAUCGUCGGCGAAGGAGGAAUAAAGGCGCACCCCGCGGGCCGAAGGAUGGCGAGAGUAAGGACGAGCGGCAGCGGCCCGCGAUCGAUCGGCAGCUGCCCGAGCCCCGCGCGAAGGAGGGUAAGCAAGAACAGGGGCAGCAUCAGCCGAGGCCAAAGCCCCAGAGAGUCAAGAAGGGCCGCAACACCCGAGACUUCGAGCCGAGCCAGGCACCUCCUGGACUGAAGGUGGUCGUCGGCGACGCAUCCAAGGCUACCCUCGGCAAGAAACUGCACGGACGACAUGUAGUUUACGUGCCCAACUUCUAUUGCGAGGAAGAGGACGCCUCCGUUUACGAGAAGCUGAUGCAAGAAGUCAAGGCGGCGGGCUCGCCGGACAUGUGGGUUCCCUGGCAUGAGGACUCACAUUUCAUCGCCAACGACAGGGAUCGACACGGCAAGUGGAAACAGGAGUCUCCCAUUUUCAUGGCUGUCGUGGAUCGGAUCGCCAAGUACUUCAAGAUGGACGUGAAGGCGACGCGCUUCAAUUGGUAUCGGGACGCGGAGGAAUGGAAACCCUAUCACCACGAUGCGGCGGCGGUCAAACCCGACAAGGCCAAGACGCAGAAUUGCACCGUCGCCGUGUCCUUCGGAGCGUGCCGGGACGCAGCUUUUGAGCACGCCAAGACGGGCACGACUGUGUUUUUCCCUCAGGGGAACGGUUCGGCGUACACCUUCGGCCACGACGUCAACUGCGAAUGGAGACACGGGAUUCCCCAGGUUCCCGAGGAACUUCGCAAGGAGGGCGGGAUACAAAAUGCGGGACGCGUAUCCAUCAUCGCCUGGGGCUGGGUGGAUCAGGACAGAGAUGACAUCUCGGCUUUCAAGAACUGA